ACCCCCCAAACACCCUUCUUCAGAUCUCACCAUCACACAAAUCCAAAUCUCAACUACUUUCUCAAAUAUCCAAAAAAAAAAAAAGAAGAUAUGUCAGGAAGAGGAAAGGGAGGAAAAGGGUUAGGAAAAGGAGGAGCAAAACGACAUCGUAAGGUUCUCAGAGAUAACAUCCAGGGUAUCACCAAACCUGCCAUCCGUCGUUUGGCACGUAGAGGUGGAGUGAAGCGUAUCAGCGGGCUGAUCUACGAAGAGACACGUGGAGUCCUGAAGAUCUUUUUGGAGAACGUCAUUCGUGAUGCCGUCACCUACACCGAGCAUGCUCGCCGCAAGACUGUCACUGCCAUGGAUGUUGUUUAUGCUCUCAAGAGACAAGGCCGUACUCUCUAUGGUUUCGGCGGCUAGGUUUAUUGUCAGAUUUAGGGUUUUGUAAUUGGGAAUUGUUAUUAGUAGUAUUCUGAAUAUUAGGUUUGUUUUAAUUUCUGUGUGGUUGUAAUUCCUCCAUCUCGAGGGUAUUUUCGGUAUUAAUGAAAUCUAUUAAUGGAACAAUCAGUUUAUUAUUAUUA